CUGAAAAUAACGCGGUUGAGCUCGAGGUGGCAGUGGUGGACUGUGAACUGUCAGUGAGGUUAAGAAAACACUUCUGUUGUGGUAAUGGGAAACUGAGUACUGAUUCAUGUCGACAGUUUAAACGUUAAACUGAACCCUGGUAGAAGCCGCGUCGGUUAGAGCGGUCAGAGCUUAGGCGCGUGAACUUUAGCUGUCACAGUCAGCGGCGCGUGAAGAAGCCGUUAAACCAUCAUCAGGAAGAAAAAGACGCGUCAUCGCCCGCUCGGAGUUCUUUUUCUCUCAUCAAGGGACGACAGAACACGGUCCGCGGCCAUGGCUGCCCUCGGUAACUCGGGGACUGUUACGUCCAGUCCGAUGGUGGUUCUGGCGCCCAAGACGAAGACGAAGAAGAAGCACUUUGUUCAGCAGAAGGUGAAGGUGUUUCGAGCCAGCGAGCCCAUCGUGAGCGUGUUCAUCUGGGGCGUGAAUCACUCGAUCAAUGAUCUCAGCCAGGUUCCUGUUCCUGUUAUGCUCCUGCCUGAUGACUUCAAAGCCAACACUAAGGUCAAAGUCAACAACCAUCUCUUCAACAAAGAAAACCUUCCCGGACAUUUUAAGUUUAAAGAAUACUGUCCUCAGGUCUUCCGAAAUCUAAGAGAACGUUUUGGAAUCGAGGAUCUGGACUAUCAGGUGUCUUUAACCCGCAGUCCCCCGGUGAGAAGUGCAGAUGAUCAGGGAGAGAGUCUCCUCCUCAACUCCUACGACCGAACUCUUGUCAUCAAGCAGAUCUCCAGUGAAGACGUUGCAGACAUGCACAACAUUCUGUCAGAGUAUCACCAGCACAUCGUGAAGUGCCACGGCAGCACGCUGCUGCCCCAGUUCCUGGGAAUGUACCGGGUGAGCGUCGACAGCGAGGAGGCGUAUCUUAUCGUCAUGAGGAACAUGUUCAGCCACAGGCUGUUGGUGCACAGGAAGUACGACCUGAAGGGCUCUCUGGUUGAUCGUGAAGCAAGUGACAAAGAAAGGGAAAAAGAGCUUCCAACCUUUAAGGACAUGGACUUCAGGAACAACAUGCAGAAGGUUUACGUUACAGACGAGGAGAAGGAGAAGUUCAUGGAGAAACUCAACAAAGAUGUUGAGUUCCUGGUGAAGCUGAAGAUCAUGGACUACAGCCUGUUGCUCGGCAUCCAUGACAUCGGCCGAGCCGAGCGGGACGAGGAGGAGAGCGGGGAGGUGUCCAACGAGGAGGAAGCUGAGUCGGAGAAUGGGCUGGCUCCGGGCCCCGCCGUAGGUUCCUACGGAACGUCUCCUGAAGGGAUCGCUGGUUACAUGUCGUCCUGCAAGCCUCUGGGGCCGGGCGAGUUCGACCCCUACGUGGAUGUUUACGCCCUCCGGAGCUGCCCAGGCGCUCCGCAGAGGGAGGUCUACUUCAUGGGCCUGAUAGACGUUCUCACACAAUACGACACCAAGAAGAAAGCCGCUCACGCCGCAAAAACGGUCAAACACGGGGCCGGGGCUGAAAUCUCCACGGUCCAUCCUGAGCAGUACGCCAAACGCUUCCGGGACUUCAUCUCGAAGAUUUUCGCAUAAGCCUCCCCCUGCGGACGCUGCCAGAAGUCAUUCCAGCCUUCAACUGUAGAUCAACACUAGUAUGCACACAUGGAUCAAUAUUUAAAUUAGGUGACCAGUCAAAACUUGUAGCAUUAUGAUGCAUAUAUUUAUUUUGAAGACAUGUGUAUAUAUAUAUUUCUUUAGGUAUUGAACACUGUUGGGAACAGUAGUGUGUGGGGAAUAGGAGCACUUUUGAUCAUGAAAUGAUGAGGUUUUAUUUAAUUUUUUCAGACAUUAAACUACCGUAUUUUCCGGACUAUUGAGCGCACCUCACUAUAAGCCGCAUUUACAAAGUUUUAUUUUUAAAACUGGAAACGUACAUAUAUAAGCCACACUGGGCUAUAAGCCGCUGGUAUCUCCACCGCGCUCGGUUUUCCACAAGGAUGCAGCAGAGGGCAGCAUCCUGAAUAAAUCUACUAUUAAAGUCGCAGUCCUGCGUCUCCAACGCCGAACCAUGGAUUUGUUCACGCCGACCUUACGUGCAGCGGCUAACGGUCAGAUUGAUAGCCUUCAACUUAAAAGCUGCAUCAAAAUAAACUUCUUCACAUGUUUCCAUGAUGAGGGGUUUGACUUUGAAAACAUUUCUCAGUCGUGUCUGCUGCUAGCAUGUACUUGUUCUAAAUGAAAAUCAGCGCUUUCUUCUUUGAUUUCCAAUUUUGACUUCCAAUGAUUCACUUCCUGCUAAAGAGCCCCCUGGUGGUUGAAGAAAAAUCCACAGAAAAGCCACAUGGUUCAAAGCGUGGGGAAAAGGUAGCGGCUAAUAGUCCGAAAAAUACGAUAGAUAAAUAAAUAAUGUUAUGAUACAUAGUCAAUGCACAAUAAAUAUUUAGAUUAGCUUUUUUAAAAAGGAACACCUCUGGUUUGGAGAGUCUGGUUGGAUGUUCUCUUUUGCUUCAUUUCCACUGAGCGGUAUGGUGAUAAUAUCCAAAAUAUCAAUAUUAUUGAUACCAAAUCAGAUACCUAACCUUUUGGAUCAGGGAAAUCUUGCAAUCAAGGUUUGGAUUGGAACAAUGUUAUUCCAGGAGUUCCAGGACGUUUGGCUUUACCGCUGUAUUCGCUGUGCAAUGGCUGCUGGAAAAGACAAGUGUUUUGUUGCUUACUUAUCCAGAAGCCACUUGCAGGAGGCUCCGCCUCUGCUUUCCAAAGAUGUACGGUUGUAUAACUGCAUCUGUUUGCAGCCAUUUUCAGCUCAUUCCGACUAAAAUUGUGUUAUCUAAAAUGAUUUUCUGUAAAACAAAUGCAAUGUAACACGUUCUGUGAUCCAUCCUAGCCUGUUCAGUGAAGCUUAAUACAACUGUGGAAUAAUUCAAUUUGAUUCGCAUUUACAAUAAAAACAGACAAACUGCUCAGUCGAAAUGAAGCGCUACAUUGUGUGAAGUACGAUCAAUCGAUCGUGGUUGAAUCUUGAAGGAUUUCUGACAGUUGAGCCAAACAUGAAGCUUAAAAACAGAAGCACAGGAGCGUCUUUGUUCCCAGUAACGUCUCAAACCUCCAAUCUCGCCAUAUUUUAACUGAAAACAGACGCCAAAACAGAAAUAAUCUGCAAGAGUCAAAGAUACUGAGAACUGGUUAAUUAUAGACAGAGCUGAGCUGUUUGCUGCUUCCAGUCUUUAUGCCAAACUAAACAUUUACGAUUAGUUUGUGGGAACACAAGCAGUUUCCCAGAAUUAUUCCCUAAAUCUUUAAAUGAAUAAUAGAUUUGUCAUUUAGAAUAAAGCAGCUUUUGGUAAACAUUCAUCUAUAGAAGCAGGUUAUUUGUAGUUCUUAGUGCCAAAAGCUUUAUCACAGCAGAUAUUUACAUUUUACCAAUUAAUUUGACCUUUUUUUGUUUUGUGUUAAGGGGUGAGGGUUGCAUUUUUUAGCUAAAUUCGUAGCAUAUCGUCAGAUUGAUGGAAACUCAGCAAUCAUAUCUAAGCCUGUGAACAUGUCUUCCAGCUGUUUCAGCGUCUGAACUAAGGAGACCGGUCCAGAUUCUGGGCUGCCGGGUCUCCGUCCUGGUUCUGAUUGACCAGUGUGGUGGUUUGUGUUAAAUGUGUGUUUUAUUAUUCUGAUUUAAGGUUAAAAUUAGGUGAUCCUUUCUAGAGUCACACUACAUUUUAUCAGCUUGGCCUUAACACAGUGAGGUUUUAGAGCUUUCCUGACAGCAGGUGAGGCAGAAUGAAUGCAGAUACUUCGUCUGUACGAUGCCUCGUCUAAACGUUAGCUGCACAUGAUGUAUUUUUUGCAAAUUAGCUUUUGGACCAAAUUAUAUUUUACAAAGAUUGGAACGUAUUUCCAUGGAAAAUGAGCGCUUGAUGACUGGUGAAAAGGAGUUCUGGAUCUGCCGGUGGUUUUUAGAAUCCGGAUCGACUUCAUGCGACACUUUCGUCUUAGAAAUACCUCAAGUUUUUAAAUGUCCAGAGGAGGAACCCUGUUAAUUUUUGUUGUACUUGUAAAACAUUUCCUCUGACAUCAUUCCUCUUAUGCAAUGAAUCAUCUGUUCAAUAUGAUUUUCACUUCUUCCUUUUGUGUCUGGUUUAUGUGUUUUUCAUGUACUUUGUAAACUAAAGUAAAAAUGUGCAAGUGUCGGCUUUUACAUGUGACAAAACUAUUUUUAGGGGGCAACGUAUUCAACUUGUAAAUUUUGUUUUUGCUUUUAUUUUGACACUAAAAACUCAGUUUUGUGUGAAGCAUAUGGAGUGAUUUUAUUGUAUUUUUUCUUUGAAUUUAAAGAGAAAUAAACAUUUUGUUCUGAUAUCAA